AAAUAAAAAUAAAAUUGGGAUUUGGUUUAUGUUUUUCUUCUGAAGACCAGCUUAAUUGGGAGGCUUUAUGGCAUGAUCAGAGGCAAAAGUCUAUCAAAGUGCUCAACAUUAUUGUUACAAUAAUAACAAAAAACUUUGAAAAUGCAAACAUAUUUUUGAAUUGCUUUCUAUUAUCAGCUACAACUGAGAAGUACAUUAAAACUGAACUCCCCACAGGAUAAAUAAUCUUUUGCAAAAGGGAAAGGGACCAAGGACUGGAAGUACAGGGAAGGGGACAGAAUGAAAAAAGAGUUAAGGUUUGCCAUGUAUGUGUAGCAGAUUUCUACAUUAAAUGUAAUCUUAUGUACUGCAAACAUGUACUAAGAAAAAUUAAAAAAUGAAGAAAGGAUACAGCUAUUGAAAAAACAUAAAAGUGUCACAUUUUUCCUUUAGGAAAAAAAGCAAAAUUGAGGAAGAGGGUUAACACUUGCUAAUAACAGGUCCCACAGGAAACAGGAUCUUGAAUUUACUUUCAAGUGUCGGUUUUAGCAGCACUGUAUGUUAACAUCCCCAUGUUUGAGGAGACCAUUUUCUGAUAUUGACACACUUGAACAAUUAUAAACUGAGUCUGGGAAUGGGCUCUAAAGCAUCAGUAUGGAUAACAAUUUUAUGAUAAUUACAUCAGUGCUACCUGCAGGGUUCUGGAGUCCCUCCCCUACUUCUGGAGUUUGAUUUCCAAGUCUGUGUUUGUGAAAGCCCUUAGCUGUCUAUUCAAGUCUUCUAAAGUAACUCAGUUAAAAUCAUCUUUCCUGACAAAAAAAAAAAAAAUCAUCUUUCCUGCUUAGCAGGGGGGACUUUGUUCAUUGGCACAGCUUUGUUCUUUGCAAUAUGUUGCUAGUAACCCUAAAUCAGAGAUUAUAUUAAUGUAUCUUUUAGAUUUCUGGGUCUUCUCUGGUGGGGAAAAAAACAUUUUUACAAUUUUAUAAUAUUUUGUUAAAUAUCCAAUUCUGGCUCAGUAUUUUGUUCUCAAAAGAAUUUUGAAUUUAAAAAAGCUUAGUAAGAGAAAGGAAGCUUAUCUAAUCUCUUCAAGACUGAUGAGAAGCAAUUAAGGAACCUUGUCACUCUUUGAAACAAUAAAUUUCCAAGGAACUAGGUUCAUGUUAUUCAGGAACAAUAAGGGAUUCUUGCAAGUUGGUUCUACAUGUAACCCUUCAUUAUUACAAAAGGCAUUAUGAAAGCACCAUUCCGAGUAAACUGGAAGGGAAAUGAGGACAUGCUGAGCUGAGUUCUUCCAGGGGGAACAGAGACAGUGAUAACAAAAUGAAGAUAAGUCUUCUGAAUGUUUCACCAUCACUAACUCGAUAUUCCUCACCACACUGCUGGCUGCAGUGGCUGGCGCUUUUCCUCUACUCUGUGAGCAAAGGAGAAUUAGCUGGAAUAAAACCUUGCCUUCCAUAUGGUGGACUUGAAAUGCAGCAUUGAAAAGUUCCUUGACCAUCAGAUUGUCAGCCGCCCGUUCUCUUUAUAUGCAGCUGCUCUCUGUUCCCUGCCCCAAUGAACAUCUGCACUAGGCCCCAGCCUUGGAGUGAUUUACCUGAAGAGUGACACCGUUUAUUUGGAAACUACUAUGAGGAAACUGAAGCCCAGAGAGGUGAAGUGAGGUGCCCAAGGCCACACAGCAAGUUAGAGGCACAGCUAGUACGAUAGCUCAAGUCUCCUGACUCCCAGUCCACUGCUCCUCCCAUUACUCCACGGGUCCUGUCUCUAAGCUUCCUGACAAAUGCUAGAACGGAAGAAACCCAAGACAGCUGAAAACCAGAAGGCAUCUGAGGAGAAUGAGAUUACUCAGCCGGGUGGAUCCAGCGCCAAGCCAGGCCUUCCCUGCCUGAACUUUGAAGCUGUUCUGUCUCCAGACCCAGCCCUCAUCCACUCAACACAUUCACUAACAAACUCUCACGCUCACACCGGGUCAUCUGAUUGUGACAUCAGUUGCAAGGGGAUGACCGAGCGCAUUCACAGCAUCAACCUUCACAACUUCAGCAAUUCCGUGCUCGAGACCCUCAACGAGCAGCGCAACCGUGGCCACUUCUGUGACGUGACGGUGCGCAUCCACGGGAGCAUGCUGCGCGCACACCGCUGCGUGCUGGCAGCAGGCAGUCCCUUCUUCCAGGACAAGCUGCUCCUCGGCUACAGCGACAUUGAGAUCCCGUCGGUGGUGUCCGUGCAGUCGGUACAAAAGCUCAUUGACUUCAUGUACAGCGGCGUGCUGCGCGUAUCGCAGUCUGAAGCCCUGCAGAUCCUCACGGCCGCCAGCAUCCUACAGAUCAAAACCGUCAUAGAUGAGUGCACGCGCAUAGUGUCGCAGAACGUGGGCGAUGUGUUCCCGGGCAUCCAGGACUCCGGCCAGGACACGCCGCGGGGCACUCCCGAGUCGGGCACGUCGGGCCAGAGCAGUGACACGGAAUCGGGCUACCUGCAGAGCCACCCACAACACAGCGUGGACAGAAUCUACUCAGCGCUCUACGCUUGCUCCAUGCAGAAUGGCAGCGGUGAGCGCUCCUUCUACAGCGGUGCGGUGGUCAGCCACCACGAGACUGCGCUCAGCCUGCCCCGCGACCACCACAUGGAAGACCCCAACUGGAUCACCCGCAUCCACGAGCGCUCGCAGAUGGAGCGCUACAUGUCCACCACCCCCGAGACCACGCACUGCCGCAAGCAGCCCAGGCCCGUGCGUAUCCAGACUCUGAUGGGCAACAUCCAUAUCAAGCAAGAGAUGGAGGACGAUUAUGACUACUACGGGCAGCAAAGGGUGCAGAUCCUGGAGCGCAAUGAAUCUGAGGAGUGCACAGAAGACACUGACCAGGCCGAAGGCACCGAGAGUGAGCCCAAAGGCGAAAGCUUCGAUUCAGGAGUCAGCUCUUCUAUAGGCACUGAACCCGACUCGGUGGAACAGCAGUUUGGGCCUGGGGCGACACGGGAAGGCCAGGCCGAGCCCACGCAACCGGAGCAGGCUGCUGAAGCCCCUGCUGAGGGCAGCGCACAGCCAAACCAGCUAGAAACAGGUGCCUCCUCUCCAGAGAGAAGCAAUGAGGGGGAGAUGGACAACACAGUCAUCACUGUCAGCAACAGCUCAGAUAAGAGCAUCCUGCAACCGCCUUCGGUCAACACAUCCAUCGGGCAGCCGUUGCCAAGUACCCAGCUCUACUUACGCCAGACGGAAACCCUCACCAGCAACCUGAGGAUGCCUCUGACCUUGACCAGCAACACACAGGUCAUUGGCACAGCUGGCAACACCUACCUGCCAGCCCUCUUCACUACCCAGCCUGCAGGCAGUGGCCCUAAGCCUUUCCUCUUCAGUCUGCCACAGCCCCUGGCAGGCCAGCAAACCCAGUUUGUGACGGUAUCCCAGCCCGGCCUGUCGACCUUCACUGCACAGCUGCCAGCGCCACAGCCCCUGGCCUCAUCUGCAGGCCACAGCACAGCCAGUGGGCAAGGUGAAAAAAAGCCUUACGAGUGCACUCUCUGCAACAAGACUUUCACCGCCAAACAGAACUACGUCAAGCACAUGUUUGUACAUACAGGUGAGAAGCCCCACCAAUGCAGCAUCUGUUGGCGAUCCUUCUCCUUAAAGGAUUACCUUAUCAAGCACAUGGUGACGCACACGGGCGUGAGGGCGUACCAGUGCAGUAUCUGCAACAAGCGCUUCACCCAGAAGAGCUCCCUCAACGUGCACAUGCGCCUCCACCGGGGGGAGAAGUCCUACGAGUGUUACAUCUGCAAAAAGAAGUUCUCCCACAAGACCCUCCUGGAACGACAUGUGGCUCUGCACAGUGCCAGCAACGGGACCCCUCCCGCAGGCACACCCCCGGGUGCCCGCGCUGGCCCCCCAGGCGUGGUGGCCUGUACGGAGGGGACCACCUACGUCUGCUCCGUCUGCCCAGCAAAGUUUGACCAAAUUGAGCAGUUCAACGACCACAUGAGGAUGCAUGUGUCUGACGGAUAAGUAGUAUCUUUCUCUCUUUCUUAUGAACAAAACAACAACAGAAAAAGAAAUAAACAAACAAAGCUAUGGCACUAGAAUUUAAGAAAUGUUUUGAUUUCGUUUUUACUUUCUGUUUUUGUUUUUGUUUUGUUUCAUUUUGUACUACAUGAAGAACUGUUUUUUGCCUGCUGGUACAUUACAUUUCCGGAGGCUUGGGUGAAUAAUAGUUUUCCCAGUCUCCCUUGGAUGGUGGCCUUAAGGCCUGGUAGUGCUUCAGGAGAUCCACUGGUUGGAUCUCUAGCUACUGGCCUCUAAAUACAACCCUUCUUUACAAAAAAAUCUUUUUAAAAAGUUAAAAAAAAAAAAAGAAAAAAGAAAAAAAAAAGAAAAAAAUUUUCCACUUGUGAAGAGCACUACAAAAUAUAUAACAAAAUCUAAAAGGCCUACUGUCUUUAAGUACACCGCUUGCAGUGUUUCCAUGGACAUUUUCACAAUUCUGGCCGCUUGGACUUCACAGUAACCAGUAAAACUGUGGAAUAUCACUUCUGGUGAAAACCCAGAGGAAAGGCCCUGCUGUUUUCCACCUACCACGCUGUCUGAUUUCAUAAAAGGGCUGUGGGGGUGGGAGGGGGCAGUGGGGUCAGUGGUGUGGGAAAGCGGGGAAUGGCAGGCUUCUCCCCUAGAUUCUGCCUGCCUCCACACACCCUGGCUCGUGUCCUCCACGUCCCCCCCUUUCAGCAGAAGCCAGGAAGACUUGGACAAG